GAAGAGAUAGACGUCUUCUCUGGUUUCUUGUAAGUGCUAGUUAAUCUCUACCGAAAACGUUUUUGGCCACUUCAAACGUCUGUUAUGUUUAUAGUUCUAGCGAAGUCCGCCCUUUUAAGUACUUGCAGGGCAACUGGUAUUCGUAAAUACUCCGGCAACAAGUGUGAGCAUGGGACGGUUUACUUCUCACAUUCGACCCAACAGGGAAAACGCAAACGUCGGUUCGCUCGACUCAAUCUUGAAUUUCGAAAAUUUAACUCAACUCUCAUGAAGUGUGGAUUGAUCAUGAUCGUCAGGAUGAACACCGCAGUGGUACUCUCCCUUCUUAUUCUUCCCGCCAUUUUCGCCGACGAACCGACGACAGCGGGCGGUGGGACGUGUUCCCGUCAGCUGCACAACAGUCAGAACAUCACCGUGGUGGCGGCGCCUGGCGCGAAGGGCGAACCGGGGACUGAGGGGCCGCAAGGACCGAAAGGUGGGCCAGGUGAGAAGGGCGUGAGAGGUGCGCCAGGUAAGCUGGGUCCGGUCGGACCGGCAGGUGAGAAGGGAGACAAAGGUCAACAGGGAUCGAGAGGUGAGAAGGGAGUACCCGGUACCAGCCCACCUGCCCCACUUGUCGUGGCGUUUUCCGUGGCCAGAACGACCAAACUUGAGAAGCCUUCGUCUAAUACGGUGGUGACAUAUGACGUCAUCCUUAGCAACGUGGGCGGGGCCUACAACCAGGAGACGGGGAAAUUUGUGGCUACAGUCGGAGGCGUCUACUUCUUCACGUUCACUGGUAUGACGCUGUAUCUACCCAACGCCAUAUAUUUCGUCUGUCUAAUGAAGAAUGGUGCAAAGAUGGUAAGUCUGCUCGAGAUCAACGACCAGCAAUCCAAUGGCCAGUCCAGCAGUAACAGCGCCAUCCUGCAGCUGCAGCCUGGGGACGAGGUUUGGGUGGAACUGGGCAGCGAUCGCAGUUUGUACAGUGAUAGCGGCAAGUACCUCACGUUUAGUGGGUUCCUCAUCCACGCUAUUUGAGCGAUGUUUGUGGGAAAAAAGUAUG